AUGUCCAAAACAGAGAAGUACAAAGUCAAGAUUGUUGAAGCAAAUCUUUUGAUACGUAAAAAUAAAAUAAAUCCUACAGUGUUGUUGGCUCAUAGCAAGACCCUGGAAAGUGGAACAGCCAAGUACCCAAUAACAAGAGUUGAAGUGAAAGCUAUGACCAUACCCUCAGGCAUUCAAGGCAAGACAUUGGACAAUGUUUUUCUGGGCCAGCUACCAAAAAGAAUAAUUGUUGGUUUAGUGAGCAACAAAGCAUUUAAUGGUGAUUUCAAAUCAAACCCAUUUAAUUUUCAAUCCUACAAGGUGAACUUCUUCUCACUCUACGUUGAUGGAGUCCAGAUACCCUCCAAGCCACUGCAACCAGAGUACUCUGAGAAUAAGGAAUUGUCUGUUAUGGCCUAUCACACAUUGUUCAGUGGGACUGGAAUACACUUUCUAAACAUGGGUAACAGCAUUACUCGCAGUGAUUACUCUCAAGGCAACUGUUUAAUGGCAUUUGACCUAACACCAGACUUAUCUGCUAACGCAACCACUCACUGGAACCUCAUUCGACAUGGUAGUUUAAGGAUUGAACUUGGAUUCUCCGAAGCUUUAACCGAAACCAUCAAUUGCAUCAUUUAUGCAGAGUUUGACAACAUCAUUGAAAUUGACAAAAAUAGAAACGUAACGGUUGACUAUGGGAGUUAA